AUGAAGAGUGAUAUAACACAACAAACACAACAUAUUCUUAAUCUUAUUGCUAAACGCGAUUUAGAUGAUGAUGAAAAGAAACAAUUAAUCGAUGAAACUGUGGAAAAUUUUAAUUCAUAUAUCAAUCCAGGUUUCUUACAAUAUCGUAAAUCAUUUUCACCUGAUUACGUAGCUGUUGAAUGGGCUGACAGUGGUUCAACAUUUACGUGUGUUAAAGGUAUUGAGUAUAUUGAUUGUUUAGGUGGAUAUGGAAUUUACAAUGUUGGUCAUCGUCAUCCAAAAGUUUUAAAAGCAGUUACUGAUCAAUUAAAUCGUCAAGCACUUCAUUCACAAGAAUUGCUUGAUCCAUUACGUGGUUAUUUAGCUAAAAUUUUAGCUGAUUUAGCACCAGGCAAUUUGAAAUAUACAUUUUUUACUAAUAGUGGUACAGAAUCAGUCGAAGGUGCAUUAAAAAUGGCUAUGCUUGCAACUGGUCGACGAACUAUGAUUGCUGCUGUUGGAGGUUUUCAUGGCAAAAGUUUAGGUUCAUUAAGUGCAACAUCAAAAGCUGUUUUUCGAAAACCAUUUUUACCAUCAUUACAUAAUAUGCGUCAUAUUCCAUUUAAUGAUUUACAUGCACUUGAACAAACAUUAGCUUGCCUUCAAUUUACUGGAGACGAUGCUGCUGCUGUUUUACUUGAACCAAUACUUGGUGAAGGUGGUGUAAUUGUACCAAGUGAUGAUUAUUUUCCAGGUGUACGUCGUUUAUGUGAUAAAUAUGGUGCUUUAUUAAUUGCUGAUGAAGUUCAAACUGGUAUGGGACGAACAGGAAAAAUGUUUUGUGUUGAACAUUGGAAUGUUGAACCAGAUAUAUUAUGUUUGGGAAAAGCUUUCGGUGGUGGAAUUAUGCCAGCAGGUGCUUUUAUUGGCUCAGAAAAAUUAUGGGCGCCAAUAUUUUCAAAUCCAUUUUUACAUACAACAACAUUUGGUGGUAAUCCAUUAGCAUGUGCAGCUGCAAUAGCAACAAUAAAUGUUUUACUUGAAGAACGUUUGUGUGAUCGUGCACGAACUGUAGGUGAUAUAUUCUUAAGUAAACUUAAAUCAACUAUUAAACCUUAUUCACCACAUAUGGUACUUGAUGCUCGUGGUAAAGGUUUAAUGAUAGCUUUAGAAUUUCCUGAUACAGAUAUUGGUUUUCGUGUUUCAAAAGGUUUAUUUCGAGAAAAAGUUCUUGUUGCUGGUACAUUAGUUAAUGCUAAAACAAUACGUAUUGAACCACCAUUAACAAUAACAUUAGAACAAGUUGAUCAGGUUAUUAUUGCAUUAAGUAAAGUAUUAAAAGAAAUUGCAAGUGAAAUGAAAGUUCAAUUCAUAAAUGAAUCAAUUGUUAAACCAAUACCAUUAAAUAAUCUUCAACAAACUGUACUUUCAAGACAAUUGUAA